AUGUACCAUCAUGAUGCGUUGCAUCGUUUUCGCGAUCACGAAAGUCUCAAUCGCGGAAAGCUGGGCCACGCGACGGGAUCAUUGACGAUCUCAGAUGACGAUUCCGGCUUCGCGCUCGAGGAAUAUGUUUGGGUUCCCCCUGGGCUGACCCCCAAGCAGGUCCAAGCGUAUUUCUCCCGAUUGCCGGAAAACCGCGUUCCAUACAUCGACUCCGAGGGUGAAAGGUGGCGAACGCAACAGCAGCUCCAGCAGAACCCUCCUCAAGAUGGCAAGGCACGCUACUGCAACGGCCUCUCCCUUGAUGAGGAAAAGGAGCUGGAAAUGUUUGCGACUCAGCGGAGUAAACUUAGCUUUGGCAGAGGAAUCGUCCGACCGUAUCACCAUUACUCCGCAACCGCAUGUUCAAAGUGCGAAAGCCAGAUCAACUACGGCGAACUGAUGGUGACCUCCCAGCGCGCGGGACACAGCUAUGCCUGGCAUCCGGAGUGCUUUUCCUGCCAAACCUGCGACGAACUACUGGUCGAUUUACAGUGCUACUUCCACAAUGGGCGCAUAUUUUGUGGACGGCAUCACGCUGAGACGAUCAAGCCGCGAUGCGACGCCUGCGACGAGAUCAUCUUCGCAGACGAGUGCACAGAAGCGGAGGGACAGCAUUGGCACAUGCGGCACUUUAAAUGCACAGACUGCGAUGUCAUUCUUGGCGGACAACGAUACAUCAUGAGAGAAAAGAAACCCUUUUGCACUGGAUGCUUCGAGCGCAAGUUCGCCGAAGUUUGCGCGAAGUGCAAGGCCACGAUCGGCAUCGACGAAGGGCAAAUGCAGUACAGAGGCGCUCACUGGCAUGCUACAGAAAAUUGUUUUUCCUGCUGCACUUGCCAAAAAUCGCUGCUCGGCCUGCCCUUUAUGCCCCGCGACGAUGUGAUUUUCUGCUCCAAAUCGUGCGCUGACAACCUUGGACAACUAAUCGAGGCACAAGUUCCACAAUCCCAAUUCGCAAGACAUUCCCUUCUCAUCCAGGACGACGUUCAAGAAAGUCCAAGAAACGCUAGUCACAACUCUACCUUCGAGCAUCUCCACGGUGAAUCGAAGCCAGAUUUCCCACCACCUCCACCUCAAGUUACCAACAUUUCAACCCAUGACUCCGCAGCGACAAGCAGUAUUAAAAGCUCGGACUACACGACAAUCAUCGACGAUUACCUCAACAACUCUCGCAAUGGAUCUCCUGCAUCUAGUGCUCCCACUCCUACCCGACGAAAUCGUCCUCCACCUGUUCCUACUAUUCCAAAGCCUCUCCUAACUCCUACCCCCGAAAUCACGUCAAUUCGAGAAUCGACGUCUGAAAGAAAUGCUAUGGUCACGAUAGCUGAGCAGAUCGAAACGAUUGAUCUUCGCUCACCCUCUAAAACUCCUGAAAAAGAUGCAGUUCCACCUCAACCCACUCCGAGGAAGAAAGUCCGGGGAAUCCUCAAAAGCGAGCCCCACUUCAAGACAACUCCUCCGGAAACCCUGACUCAAUCUGCUGGUGGACGAAAAGCGCCAAAGACAUCUGGAUACAUGUCCGAAAUUGAUCCUAAAGCUGAAAAGUGCUCCAAAAAACUGAGAAGAACGAGAAGCACGGAUUUGAUGAACCGAAAAGACAAACUUUACUUUGAAGACCAUGCUGACUGGUGUUCUACGUGUACUUCAUCAUCUGAUGAUUCUGAUUAUGAUAGAUGGGACGAAGAUACAUUCACUGCUGGCACUUCUGUUCUAGCAAAGUCAAGACCAAACCCGCAGCGAUACACCAAGUCCAGGCAGCUCUCCAGAAGCACGUCUCAUGGAGCCAGUUCUUCGCAGAAGAAAAAGAAGCCCAUGCGACCCUCCGGCGAUUCCUCCAACCCAGUUUCGGAAUUUAUCUACUUCGAUGACCGAUACGAAGUCCGCCGUCCUGAAUGGAUCCUCGGAACGACGAUGUACGCCCCCGAUCAGCCCCUACAAACAUCUACAAAGAAAAAGAAGAAGCACCGAAAACGAUGCGUUGUACAGUAA